AGAAAACCGAACAGAGACCGAUAAGGCAAUCCCGCAGUAUCUAAGAAGAUUGUGAAUUUUACGUUCCUCGUUAAAAAAAAUGGCUCACUCUAUCCUCCUUGUGCAAGCUACCGGCAAACCUGAGACACGUACUUACUCCGACUAUGAAUCGGUCAAUGAAUGUAUGGAGGGUAUCUGUAAAAUAUAUGAGGAGCAUUUGAAGAGAAACAACGAUACCUGUCCCUCCAUCACAUAUGACAUUACACAGCUGUUUUCCUUCCUCGACCAGCUGGCAGACCUCAGUUGUCUGGUGUUUGACAAGUCUUUGGGGUCUUAUAAACCACACAACAAAGACUGGGUGAAGGAGAAUAUUUAUGUGAUGCUAAGAAUGCAGGCAUCAUCAUCAUGAACAACACUUAAACUACCAUCUUUUCACUUUUCAUCCACAACCAUCAUGUAUGAUAGUGUCAGAGACACAUUUGAGGGAGUUGUACUGGGUAUGUUAGGCCUGAAGUUUGUUUAGUUGUAGUUGAUGGGACCUUGAUCACAUGCUGUACAGUGUAUAGUGUAAUUGGAAAGAUUUUUAAAUGUUUACUCUACUGGAAUUAGGGUUGAAGUAUUUUGUCUAGAUGUAAGUUUUCAGUAAUAAAUCAAUAUACUGAUUAAAAUACAUGUAACAAAAAAAAUAGAAAUUCCAGAAAUUUAGAACUCCAUUAAGAGAUUAUACAAGAAAAUGAUAUCAGUUGGUUCAAUGCUAUUAUAAGAAAAACACCACACUUUUACGAUUAUGUAAAUCAACAUACCAACUUGAUGUCAUUGUUCUACUGUGUUAAGUUAUCAAAUCGCCUGUCAUUCGUGGUCUGUCUAUCUGUCGUUCAACAAUUCUUGUCUUGCUAUUUCUCAGAAAGUACAGGAGGGAUAUUUCUCUAAUUUGUAAUGUAAGUCUCUAGCUGUGCAUGUUUACUUUAGAAACUGAUAGGAAAAACUAAACCAUCUUGGAUUUUGAAAGUUUAUUUGUAUCGCUAAUUUACAGAAAGCACUGGAAGGAUCUUUCUAAAAUUUGAUAUGUUUGUUCCCCUGGUUAAAAAUACCCCUGAUCCUAGUAAGAACUAUAGUUACCUCUAAUUAUGUAAGAAUUUCAUUUUUUUUUAGCAAUUUGCAUAAAGUUCUGCAAUUCUUAUACUGUACGUUUAUAUAAUUACCACAGUGGUAAAUAACAUGACAUUACAAAGUUUAAUUUAAGGUAUAAGAUUCCUUAAUAUGAUUUCCAUGAUGGAACUGGGUAUUAGUAACUGUAAGGAAAAUGAACAGCAAAGACGGUAUCUUUUGUAUAUCUGAUAUUAGAGCUGUCACAAUAUAUCGGAAAACAGAUUGCAUUACACGGGUAUAUCAUAUCGUACCACAAUACAGAGAUGAAAUACGGCUGUAUUGAAAUAUUUUUCAAAAUCAUAUUUUCAUGUAUCAUUACUACAAAUUUUAACAGAUAUGCUUAUAAGCAUAAAACAGGCUUUUAAUUGUGGUAGGAAUCGGUUCGAAUUUUGUAAUCUAUGGUUGGUUUGAAAAAAAAACUUAAAUCAACAUGAUCCUUAUUUAUGAUUAAGUUUGAUAACAUUCUGACAACAACUUCUUAUAAAAAUGAGCAUGUCUUUCCUUUGACAAUAUAUCGGGAUACAUAAUGCUAUAUAUUCAUUCUGUAUUGCAAUAUUUCGGGAUCCACUCUUGGCGUAUUGUGACACCCCUAUAUGAUGAUAUAGAUCCUUUCAUGGUGGGUGCCAAGAUCCUUCUGGGAUCUCGUUGUUUCAAAACACAUUAGGAGAUCCUUAUUAAGGACACGUGGUUACAAAAUUACGCUGAAACACUGCAUGCACCAGUUAUUCUUUAUAUUGUUUCCUGAUGCAUCAUGAGAUGAGCGUCAUGUAUUACCGUUCGAGGUAUAUGGUUUGACAUGUUGUAAGGAUUCGUAGUUUGACAGAAGUGUUAAACACUAAGAUAUAUCAUCAGACGCUGUUGUCAUGUUAUACAUUGUGAAAUAUAUUGCCCAACACUAGUGUGGUGUUAGGUGCCUGUCACAAGGGUCACUUUAUAUAUAUAAGAUACAUCAUUUGACAUUAGUGUCAAGUUAUACGUUGUCAAAUUUAUAGUUUGCCAUUAGUGUCAUAUCCUACAUUUAAACAACGCCGGUGUUUUUGUUUGUUUUAUUGUUAAAAAUCAUGAUAUUACAGAAAAUUCCAUUAAAAUCAAACUUAUAUGUCACUUCUGUUUAAACUUCAUUGGACUGUACAAUUGAUAAAGAUCAACCUUCAUUUCAUUUCAGUUCUUUUUGUAUGUAGCAUUUUCAGUUCCAUAAUGUUUUCUCUGAAAUUAUGAAUGAUUAAAUUGUUAUAAAAAC